GCGAGGUUUUACGCUCCAACAACGAUCUUCAUUGAUGAGAUAGAUUCCAUCUGCAGCCGCAGAGGCACGUCCGACGAACACGAGGCGAGUCGCAGAGUCAAGUCAGAGCUGCUUGUGCAAAUGGACGGGGUAGGUGGUGCUCUGGAAAAUGAUGACCCUUCCAAGAUGGUUAUGGUAUUAGCAGCCACAAAUUUUCCCUGGGAUAUCGAUGAAGCUCUCCGACGGAGACUGGAGAAGAGGAUUUAUAUACCCUUGCCCACAGCAAAAGGCAGAGCAGAACUACUUAAGAUUAAUCUUCGGGAAGUAGAACUGGAUCCUGAUAUCAGCCUUGAAGAAAUUGCUGGGAAGAUUGAAGGCUACUCUGGUGCUGACAUCACUAAUGUUUGCAGGGAUGCCUCUUUAAUGGCAAUGAGACGACGUAUUAACGGCUUAACUCCAGAAGAGAUUCGUGCACUUUCUAAAGAGGAGCUUCAGAUGCCAGUUACCAAGGGGGACUUUGAGCUGGCGCUGAAGAAAAUCGCCAAAUCUGUUUCUGCUGCAGACCUGGAGAAGUAUGAAAAGUGGAUGGCGGAGUUUGGAUCUGCUUAAUCUCAGUGACGGCUCUCCUUUGCUAGAGUUUUAUGGCUUUUGUUGUUUUCACUUGCAAAAUGAGUUAGAAAUCUUUUUAAAGGUUUAAUAAAAGGUCUGCCUCUGCGCCCAUCCCACCCUCUUCUGGUGACAAGAUCUUUUAAACUCCAUUUGCCUUUCACGGGAAUGAACACGAUAACAAACUGAUACUGUAAAA